GUUUUCAAAGGAAAAUCUGCUUUCCCCAUUCUUGGGAGAAAAGUCGAUUUUCUUAAUCCUUUUAUCUCGUUUCUUCGACGUACGUAUUUGAAAGAGCAUUAGUUUUUAUUUUAUUGCGUUACGUAGCUGGCACUUGCCGCGACAUCUGGUAGUUCACUUGGGAAGUGCAGCGUAACGCGUACCGCCAUGAUACGUUAGAGUAUUAUUAGACAGUUCCAUAGAAAUGUGCGUUAAAUUGUUUGUCAUCGGGGAAUCUUCUUAACGUAUUACCUUGUACGAGAUUAAUUGUAUAUAUUCCCGAGCAAUUCGGCAAUUGACAAUGACAGUAACAAAGCAACGAAACAUUCGCAUCGGAGAGACCGUUUGAAAAUGAUUCAAGAUAUUCCCACUAAUAACGAACCAAUUAAAAAGUGGCGUAUCAUUCCGUGAACGAUCCAGAAGAAGCGAAACAACAAGUUAAAUGGAAAUCGCCGAGCACUCCGCGCCCUAACCUCCAUCGUCGCGGGUAGCCGCGGUGUGUCGCGGUUGGUUGUAUACCCGCCCAAAGGCUGCAACGUUUAUACGGAUCGCCAUCAUGAAAACAUUCGGCCGUCGCCGUCGUUAUCGUUGUUUCUCCUCCGUCCUUGUAGGUUCCUCGGAUUGAAGUAAUAUCGAGCGCUCGAGCGCGAAGUUGCACACAAAGAGCGAGAAAGAGACUGCGAGAGCGAACACGGCCGCGCGUGAGAGAGAGAAACAAAGAAAGGGAGAGCUAUUUGGUAACGUUUCGUUUUAGCUUGCUGCGAAGAGGCAUCGGGAGACAAAGCGAGCGAACGCGCGCAUUUAGUGGCCUGCGAAUUGCGCCGAGAUUCACAAACAAGCUUCGAAGGAGAGACUCUCUCGAGCGACGGCUUUUGGCUAUUAAUGGCACGUCGUCUAACGUUGCGAUAAGGAUACGGGGAAUUCACUUAAAUGCCUCGAACCAAUCCUUACUCCAUGUUGUGCAUUGGUUGCGACACGACUGCGUGUUGGAAAGUGAAUAUAUGGUGACACGCGGUCGUGAAGGAGCAACCAGAGAGCGAGCUGUGGCAAGAGACAUUUACUUAUCCCUUAUUUAGCUGACUGCAACUACUCGGUACCUGUCGAGUGAUUGCAAGUAAUACAGAAACAAGGACUUGUUUAAUCAUAAAAGUUCUAUUGGGAUAAACAACAGAAAUGGAACGGGAAUCUAAUCCAAUGCAAGCUCUGUGCCGUAGCGGCUGUGGAUUUUACGGCUCGCCAGCCACGGAUGGCCUUUGUUCUCUCUGUUAUAAAGAAAAUCUAAAAAAGAAGCAGCAACCUCCUGUGUCAGCUGCCACUGUACAGACUUCACAGACCGUUUCUGGUAACGCUGGCACGUUGCAAGGCGGUUUUGGUAGUCCUGCAGCUACAGGAACUACAGCCCAACCUACCAUUCCUACUAUACCUCAACCAACGACAGAUCUACCCAACCCCAAAGAAAUAAAUAGAGAAGAUCAGGAAAGCGAAGUAGGCGUAAGCAGUGGAGCAGUAGCAGAAGGAUCAGUGAGUAGCGGGGACGCGGAUGACUGCUUCGACGGCAAAGAGACUGACAAAGAAUCUAAGAAGAAGAAAAACCGUUGCGCAGUGUGUCGCAAAAAAGUUGGUUUAACCGGAUUCGAGUGCCGUUGUGGAGGACUGUUCUGCUCUGUGCAUCGAUACAGUGACAAGCACGAUUGCAAGUUUAAUUACAGAGAAAUGGGCGCUCAAGAAAUUCGGCGCAACAAUCCAGUUGUUGUUGGUGAAAAAGUGCAAAAAAUUUGAACUAUUUAGUGCGUAGUCGUUGGGAAAAUGGUUAUAUAACUAUAUAAACAAACAGAAUAUAAAACGGAGAAAACGAGAUAAAUUAUCUGGCAGCUGAUUGCACGUCGAGGGGCGAAACGAAUGAAUGCGAGUUUUCGAACGAAAGG